CCCGAUUUCUUUAAAAGUGUGAUUGUUCAGUAAUUCAAACCAGAUCCCACUUUCAGAAAUCAAGUCUGCUUUUGGUUGUAGUUCAGAACCAAAACUGUUGAAAAUAUUUGGAAUAUUAACAAUUCUGGAUUGCUUAUGAUGACUGGUGAGUCUUGUCUUUUUUGAAAGAAAACACUAUCUGAUAAUUAUGGCCUUUUACCAGGUUGUUAUUUGUAGUUGUCUUGUCUUCAAGCUCUGCACUGUAAAGCAUAUCUGGUUAGUCAUUUUACAGCUGUAUACAAGAAGGAAUAGUGAAGGUGAGUAGAGGAGUAAUGUGACAACUGUAGUAUGUAAAGGUAGUUUGAAGUUUCGAAUUGAGUAUGAAAUUUGAAAGCAGUGAAAUGUUAUGUUGCCUGGCAGUGAAGACAGAUAUGUAAUAUAAAAUUGUUAGGGCUUAGAGAAUUAAAGGUUGGAAUUUAAUAGAUAGAAAUAUAUAUUAUGUAAAUGAAAUUGAAUUAGAAAUGAAGAUAAUUUGGCCAUGUGGAAAGAGCUAAGUGAUAAUGAGAUUAGGCAUUAGAAUUUAAAAUUCAGAUAUCUACGUGAUGAUUGGGAACAAGAUGGUUUACCAGUUAGUGGGAGGUAUACAGAAGUACUGAUUGUGAGACUUAGUCCUGCUGCUGUAUAAAAUUGAUAAUAGUUGUAGCAGGGAAGCCAGACUUUGCUGACUGCAGUUUGUGGUUCGUCACUUGGUUGUACUGACAGGUGCAAAGAUGACGCAGUUCAGUCAUUCAUCAACAAAUAAUAAUGUUUCAAAAUCUCAUCGUAAUACAACGAAAAUUUUUAGUGCAAACAAAAUGAAGACGUCCCAUGGAUUGAGUAGCAGGAUCUUGCAUGGAAACACUGCUGCCAAUGUUAAAAUUCAACUGCCAGUUUCAUACAUGCUUUGUGGUCAUGCAGUUCGUAACAGCCCUGUGACUUUGAAGAGCACAGCAGAUAGCAAUGGCCCUUUCGGAGAUGUCCUCAACCCUGCAGAACAGGACUGCAAGGGGCGUAAGUCCCUGCUGCAUAUGAGGUCUAGGAGGAUGGACAUAGGCAGCAGACAAUUGAUGAUAGUAGUCAACAAGUGUGAUGUGAACAGUAAGCCACCAGAGUCAUCAAAAUAUGACGUUAAUUUCCAUACCAGUCCUUCUGUGCCUGCUGUUCGCACUAAAGCCCUGAGUGUUCCAUCGGCUGUACGCAACAAGCCACAGCCUUUCAGAACCAGUUGUUGGUGUUUCAGCUUGAGUUCCCCACCCAGUAAACAGCGUCGGGUCUUGUCCCGUCUCCGCCUGCCUCAGGACUGUCGAGCAAAGCGGACCCUUACCUACACGCAGUCAGAUCAUAUUCCUGUUGAGUCAGCAGACCCAUCGUUAGCCGAUGAGGCAAACAAAGAGAACUGGGACAACUCAGCUGAGGUGGACAUCCACAAGAUUUUGCAGACACUGGACAGAGACAUGGGGAGUGAAGCUGAUGGCAGGUCGUUGGAGGACCAGCUUCCCGGCUCCGUGUGUGACGUAGGGACUGAAGACUAUCAGCAGAUCUGCAGUGUUCCUGCCAUCGUGAUGACUCCUGUUUCUAAAAUGGAGACUGAGGAGUUGACACCAGAGAGACAAGAAGUGCUGCCACAGGACAUUGGGUUCCCAAACCCACCUGGCAGCAACCUUUGUUGGAUGAAUGCCACUCUGCAGACAUUACUGGGGAUGCAGCCAUUCAUGGAGGAGCUUGAACGCUUCUGUUGGCUUGAGGAUCGGAAAGGCCAGUCGGCACUGCUUCAGUCAUUCUUUGAGGUGGUGAAGCAUCGGCGACGAGGACGUCGCCUAUCGCUGCAUUCUGCUCUCAGACAUCUGUCCCGUUCACUGGGCGCACUGGAUGUCAUGUUCAUGAGUGACAGGCAGCAGGAUGCCACAGAGUUCCUGGUACGCCUUCUUGAUUCAUUUCGAGAGCAAUUCGGUUCUUCCAAGUCAGACUGCAGCCCAGAAGAACGCAAGAUGAAGGAGAGCUGCAUGCUGCGAGAGCUGCAGUUGGACAAUCUGCCAACAAAUGGCUCUGCUGUGCAGCGGUUUAAAGGCGGAGAAGGUCAGGCAGACGAUAGCGUCCGUAACCCCGUGUGUGACAAUGUGGAGUUCUGCCUAAAGGAAACGUAUUGCUGCACCAGUUGUUCAGAGAUCAGCAACAGAUGUCAGGAUCACCUCGCUCUAUUCCUGGACAUUCCACCUAUGUCGCAAGCUCGUCCAUCGCUGCAAGAGGCUCUGAGUCGCUACAUGCAGCCAGACGUUCGGGAACUCAAGUGUGACAGAUGCGAUGGUCAGCGCAGCAAGGUGGAGACAGCAUUCACUAAACUGCCAAGGUUUCUGUUGGUACAAGUGAAGCGCUAUGCCGUUCAGACGGCCGUAGCCGAGAAGGUGACCAGUUCUCUCCGAGUGCCCAUCAGUCUGUCCGUUAAAAACUAUGUUAUGGAUGAUGUGGUGAUGCCUGCACCUUGGUUACCCCACAGUUCGAAGGACAGCGAUCCAUUGCAGUUUUCAUUGGAUGAUGAUGAUGACAAGGAACUGCAGGAGGCAAUGCGUCAGAGUCUGGAUGAUAGCGGGAAGGAGAUAGACCUGGAGGCACUGGAGCUGGAGAAAGCAAUCAGGCUUAGUCUGCAAGAGCAGGGGCUCACUCAGGAGAAGGAAUGCAGCUCCCAGCUGGGGGAUGCUGAUGUGCCAGUGAGCGAACUGGAGGGAGAAGAUGAGAGCCCUGACCACAGCUACAGGCUUGUGUGUGUCAUCAUGCACCAGGGCAUCUCCCCCAACUGUGGUCACUAUGUGGCAGAUGUAUAUAACUUGGAGCAGCAUCAGUGGUACCACUAUGAUGAUGAGGUUGUGUCGCAUCCUACUGAAGAUGAGGUUGUUGGCAGUGCUCGACAGCGCAAUGGCUAUGUCUUCUGCUACAUGCACAGGCAGCUGUUCGAUCAACUGACGAAGAACACGGACAAGUCUUGAAGCUGGUAGCACAGCAGGAGUGUGGACACAUCAUGAAUCUUGAAGGAUGCGUGCGCGCGCGCACACACACCUGAGCAAGAACAUCUGCACAUUGUGGUUUUUGAUAGAUGCAUGCCAUGUCAGCAGUGACGUAGGCACAGUGUGGAUCUCGAAGCAUUUGUACGUAG